AUGGACGAAUGUCCUAGGGUCGCAGUAAUCGGGCUUGGUGCCCUCGGCCUCGUCGCCUUGAAGAACUGCGGAUGUUACACCGAUUUUCCAUUCCCUGAAGAUAUCCCGAGCCAAUGCACCGCCAAAGACGUGGAGGACUACCUCGAGAGCUACGUGGAUCAUUUCAAGCUGCGCCCGUUCAUACGGCUGAACACCAAGGUUUCCCACGUUCGACGCGACGAUGAAGCAGACAAGUGGGUAGUAGAGAUCCGGGGCUCUCGUGAAAUCUUUGACAAGGUCAUCAUCGCAACGGGCAUGAACCAGACGCCAAGCUAUCCAAACAUCAAGGACAUCGAGCUCUUUGGCGGGGAACAGGUGCACUCAAAAACGUACAAGAGACCUGAGGCUUUCGCGGGCAAGAGGGUGUUGGUGGUCGGUCUGGGAAACAGCGGCGCCGACACCGCAGUCAGCCUGAUCGGGCAAGCCAGCAAGAUCUACCUGUCGCACAGAGACGGCGCCAUAAUACUUCCUCGAGCUCAGAACGGCAAACCCAUAGACCACACCGUCAACGUCCGCUUCAUGACGAUCCAGGGCAUCAUAGAGUCGAUCUUCCCAAGGGUGGCAGAACGCCUCUUCAACAUCUUCGCGAAGAAACUGCAAGACACGACCUUCACCAUCCGCCCCGAGUGGAAACUGUCUCCCGCACCGUCCAUGAGACGCACCUUCCCCGUCGUGUCAGAUGAGAUCGUGCCGGCGCUGGAGCGCGGCGACGUGGAAUCCGUCACGGGAGUCGACCAGAUCACCGGCCGCGACGAGGUCCAGCUCACCGACGGCCGCGUGCUGGGGGUCGACGCCAUCGUCUACUGCACGGGAUACAAGACCGACUUCGGCAUCCUGGACCCCGAGGCCGAUCCGACCCGCAGAGAGAACCCCGCGUGGCUGGCGGCGAAGGGGUCCAGGGGCAAGCCGCUCCCGCGGCUGUACCGGAACGUGUUUUCCGAAGAGUACCCGGAGUCGUUGGCGUUCAUGGGAUGCGUCGCGUUCCCGAUCGGCGCCUUUCAGAUGUACGACCUCGCCGCGAUGGCCAUCGCGCAAGUUUGGAAGGGAAACUCGACGCUGCCUCCUCGGCGCGAAAUCGAGCGUGCGAUUGACGAACACCAAGCGUGGCUGGUUGACCUAGCGCGUACGGGCAACGUCAUGUACCAUUUUGUCAACGGGAUCGAGUGGACCGAUUGGGCAGACCGCAUGGCCGGGAGCGGCGUGAGAGAGAACCUCGGCUGGGGGUGGAAGGGGCUGAAGUUCUGGUAUCGGGAGCCUCGGUUCUGCGGUCUGCUCAUGGGCGGCAUCUACAGUCCGCACAUCUUCCGGUACUUUGAUGGCAAGAGGAAGAAGUGGAACGGGGCUAGGAAGGAGAUUGAGAGACUCAACGCUGUGGACAGCGACAAGCCGAAGACUGCCUAG